AACAAAAGGAGACAGCAGCUGGCCUUAUAUGCAGAAUCCCAGCCAUCCUCAUUCAAGCUCAGGGAUUUCCUGGUGCUUUAGUAAAGUUACAGUUCUGAUUGCUUGGUUUGACGGAUUCUUCCUGAAAUGGAGAGGUCAAUGCAUGAGUGGCCCACCCAUGCAUUGAGCAGAAGACUGACCACAGCACAUCGUCUGGCACUAUAAAACCACUUGGAUCUGGAGAGGACUUUUCAGCCACCGCCGUCUGUACGGACAUGGUUUAUUGAUUAAAGCAGUGAUUGGGGGGUAAUAAGUGGCGUUAUAUGAAGGACUUUGUUGGACCAUCAUCAUGUCGCUGAUGUUUGGGAAGGUGAAGCCGUGUAACUGUGCUGCAGCUGCUAACAGAGGUCCAGCCCAGUGUAACCUGGUGCUGCUUGGUGUGACGGGCUCCGGGAAAUCAGCACUGACUGUCAAAUUCCUCACAAAGCGCUUCAUCGGUGAAUAUGACCCCCAUCUGGAGGAAAUCUACUCAUCGGAAGAGAUUGUGGACCAGCAGCCAGUCACAGUGAGAGUGAUGGACACCUGUGAUCAGGAGGGUCCAAUGAACACCGAGCGUUAUCUGUCGUGGGCCAGCGUCUUCCUCGUCGUCUACAGUAUCAACAACAUGGAGAGCUUUAAAGGCUGCCAGCUGUACCUGCAGACACUCACCCUGCACAACAAAUCUCCCAUCAUGCUGCUGGGGAACAAACUGGACAUGGACAGAUACAGGCAGGUGAGUCGUUAUGACGGCGAGCAGCUGGCAUCUCGUUUCGGCUGCGUGUUCUUCGAGGUGUCGGCCUGUCUGGACUUCCUGUCAGUGCAGAGCGUGUUCCACGAGGCGGUGAGGAUGGGGCGGCGUCUGGUUCCAGCUGUCUACAUCAGCGCUGUCCCCUCCUUCCCCCCAACCUGCUACACGGAGCUGCCUGCCCCUGCCACCGCCACCGCCACACUGCUCACUGUGAAGACUUCCAGAGCGCAGAGCAGACGCAAGGCUGCCACACUCACCCUGCUCAAAGGCUUCAAGAUCUUCUGACUGCCCGCAGACAAAGGGUGGACACAAUAACAUGAACAGCUGUACAGUGUACCAAGCUCUGGUGUACCCAGCUUUUGUUAAAACAUGAAGGGGGACCUCCAAAACACUUAAUUUCCUGCAUUUCUUUCUUUAUUUUAAAGGCUAUCUUUUGGGGCUUUCCCUUUAUUAAAGUGACAGUGGAUAGACAUGAAAGGGGGAGAAAGAUGGGGGGUUGACACGCAGAAAAGGGCCGCAGGUCGGAUUCAAACCUGUGCCGCUGCAGGACUCAGCCCAUUUCCUUCAUUUCGGAAACAAUCAAUACAUAAUGGAAAUGGAAAACCCUAAAUUACAGUGGCAGGUAAAAAUUUAAAAUAUAAAAAUAUAAAGACAUUAAAACAUAGUGGAAUAUAAUGCAGUGAGGCUCUCAGGCAUUUUGUAUUUCUGCAUUUCUAACAGCACAGAAUAAAUUAUUAAUAUUAGUAAUUCUGUACUUGGGCCAUAGGUCUCAUAUAGGAAGGUCACAACUUGUUGAGCUCAGCUGGCUCUCUGUUGAGUCUCGUUUAUAUAAAAUAUUUACACGUGUGACAGCAUAUCUGACCAAUGUCCUUAUAGAUUUAAGACAGCGUUAGGGAAAGGAACCUUUACCUAUAUAGGGCUAGUUCAGUAGAACAAGUUAAAUCGGCAAAUUAAAAUUAAUUUCACACGGAAUACUUUCAAAAAGACAAUCAAGGCCUGGUUACUAAAGAGGGUUUUGGAAUAGAACAAAAGGCAAAGUGUAAGUAUUAUAUUUUUAUGUAAUGUCAGUUUUUAUCACACACACGGUAAGUGUCUUGUCCUGCUGUGUUGAGGACCACAAUGGAAAUAAGUCCUAUAAUAAGAGUUUUUAUCCUCAAUUGUAUUUGAUGUCGUUUAAUGUGUAAGGCAUUCUUAAUACAAUUAAAUAAAUCAAAUCAAAUCAAGUCAUCAGUGUUAUCUCUGCUGAGUCACUCAGCACACAUGCAGGCAGGAUUUACUCUUCCCUGCUCUUCAGAAUUAGAAUCAACUUUAUUUGCCAGGUAUGAGGACACAUAUGAGGAAUUUUUCUUUGGAGCAUCGUUGCUCACAAUGUGCUUACACAUACAAAACAACCAAACAA